AUCCCCGCAGUGUCCCCGGUGCCGGUGCCCGGCGGAGCGGGGAGAGCCGGGGCGCUGCGCGGUGCCGCUGCCGGGCGCUCCGAGGGGCGAUUAAAGCCCGGGGUUUGGGGACAGGAGCCUGGAGCUCGGUGUCCGGCAGCAGCCGCAGCUGAUGGGUUGUGCCGGUGGCGAAUGGACCGAUGGAGGGAGGAAAAGGGCCGGGGGGUGUCGAGCUCCGGGCACAUCCAAGGGAGCGGGUCUCGGGAGGUGUUUUCCCCGCGGUGCGCUGCCGUGGUUUUAUGGAAUGCGGGUGAAGCGGGGUUCGGUGGUCAUUUCCACCCAUGCCAGGUAAAAGCAGGUUSCUCCGGCCGUGGAGCAGGUGAGGAACAAGUUCGGUGGGGCUCCUGCAGAACAGGAACCGGCUCUCGGCUGCCCACGGAGMGCGGCGUUGCUGGCGGUGUUUGCUCCUGGGGAACUGCGCAUCGAGAGUUUCUUAUCAGUUUCUUAUCAGARGCGAGAGGAGGAAGUGGCUCCUCCUGCCAGCCCAGCGCGGUGUUUUCUGGCCCGGGGCUGCCACUCAGCAGGCAGGGCAGGAUUGGGAUCGAUCCCUGCCCAGCCUGGGUGUGCCUCCCGUUCUGAUGCGCUGGGAAGGAGCCACCUCUGCUGGGGUUUUCCGGGAAAGGGAGCCCGCCUGUCUGAUGCCGCAUUGGAGGCGGGCAGCGCCGCUAUGGAGCGCAGGGAUGGAGGCCACGCUCUGGAUCCACACGUGCCUUUGGCUCAGCGCUGCCUGGAUCCCCCUGGCCUCGCCAGCCGRGCCAGCCUGCAGUGGUCACUGCGCUCCGGACACUGAGGGCCACCACAACAAGCUGACGUGGGCGGUCAGCCUGGAUGCACCCGAGGAGGAGCUGGAGCAGCGGGCAGAGGAGCUGGCCAGGACUGCGGGGUUGGUGAACAUGGGCCGUGUCGGGGAGCUCAAGGGCCAUUACCUGUUUGCCUACCAGCCCGAUGGCCACGCGGCUCCUGRGCACGAAGCAAUAAGGAGGUCGGUGGACACUUUGUUUGCACAGCACGACAGCGUGCGGUGGCACUCGGAACAGAAGCUUCUGAAGCGCUCCAAGCGCAGCCUGCACUUUAACGAUCCCAAAUACCCCCAGCAAUGGCACCUGAACAACCGCAAGAGCCCCGGGAAGGACAUCAACGUCACGGGCGUGUGGGAGCGGAACGUGACGGGGCGCGGGGUGACGGUGGUGGUGGUGGAUGACGGCGUGGAGCACACCAUCAAGGACAUCCAGCCAAACUACAGCCCAGAGGGCAGCUAUGACUUGAACUCCAACGACCCUGACCCCAUGCCUCACCCCGACGAGGAGAACGGGAACCACCACGGCACCCGCUGCGCCGGGGAGAUCGCGGCCGUGCCCAACAACAGCUUCUGCACGGUGGGCGUCGCCUACGGCAGCCGCAUCGCGGGCAUCCGAGUGCUGGACGGGCCCCUGACGGACAGCAUGGAGGCCAUYGCCUUCAACAAGCACUAUCAGAUCAACGACAUCUACAGCUGCAGCUGGGGUCCCGAUGACGAUGGGAAGACCGUGGAUGGCCCCCACCAACUGGGAAAGGCUGCCCUGCAGCACGGGGUGAUCGCGGGCCGGCGCGGCUUCGGGAGCAUCUUCGUGGUGGCCAGUGGCAACGGGGGACAGCACAGUGACAACUGCAACUACGAUGGAUACGCCAACUCCAUCUACACUGUCACCAUAGGAGCAGUGGAUGAGACGGGCUCCAUGCCCUUCUACGCCGAGGAGUGUGCCUCCAUGCUGGCCGUGACCUUCAGCGGCGGGGACAAGAUGAUGAGGAGCAUUGUGACAACAGACUGGGACCUGCAGAAGGGCACRGGCUGCACGGAGGGGCACACAGGGACAUCAGCAGCCGCUCCCCUGGCCGCAGGAAUGAUCGCUCUGAUGCUGCAGGUGCGGCCGUGCCUCACCUGGCGCGACGUGCAGCACCUCAUUGUCUUCACUGCCACCAAGUACGAGGACAGACACGCCAGRUGGGACACGAACCAGGCUGGCUUCAGCCACAGCCACCAGAUGGGAGAGCCUGGACACCUGCCUUGUGCUCCCAUGGGCAGCAGGGAAGAGGCAGAGACAGCUCAUGUGUCCUGUAAAGUGUCCCCACAGCCCAUAGGGGCUGGCUGCGAGUGGAGGCUCCACCUCUGCCCCCAGCCCUGCCAAACCCCCUUCCCUUUGGCAGUCACCCCUGCCGACCUGSGGCUGUCCGGCAUGAGGACCCUGGAGCACGUGGCAGUCACGGUGACCAUAACCCACCCCCGCCGUGGCAACCUGGARAUCCGGCUCUUCUGCCCCAGCGGGAUGAUGUCCCUGAUCGGGACCACNNCAUCCCCUGGCAGGGACCCCAAUGGCUUCGCUGACUGGACCUUCUCCACGGUGCGCUGCUGGGGCGAGGAGGCUCAGGGCACCUACAGGCUGCUCAUCAGGGACAUYGGRGAUGAGAGCCUGCGGCCCGGCACCUUGAGGCAGUGGCAGCUGACCCUGUACGGCUCCUCGUGGUCCCCAGCGGAGAUGAAGGAGCGGCAGAGGCUGCUGGAGGAAGCCAUGAGUGGGCAGUACCUGAGCGGCGAUUUCUCGCUGCCCUGUCCCCCAGGGCUGGACAUCCCCGAGGAGCAGCACUACACCAUCACAGCCAACACCCUCAAGACCCUGCUGCUGCUGGGGUGCUUUGCCGUGUUCUGGACUUUCUACUACAUGCUGGAGGUGUGCCUGACGAGGAACGAGGUGGGGCUGGACGUGGCGUGCUCCGGCYCCAGCAGCUGCCGCUGGUACCCCCAGGGAGGGAAGCACCGGGCACUGGAGAACGGCCUGGAGAUGGAAUCGGUGCCUCUGUACCGGGAGAAGGACGUGGAGGAGGCUGAGAUGGAGUGUGAGCACCUGGAGCCUGUCCGGGAUGGGGAGGAGGGGUCCUGGACCCCYGCCCACCCCAAACCCCUCAGCAAUGGCAGAGCUGUGAGCUUCCAUGAGGCAGCACCCACUGGAAAAGGGUACCUGGGCCGGGAGGCAUCGAYGGAGCUCCUCGGGGAGGACAGGGAGCUGCAGCCCUGCUGACCAUAGCUGGACUGGGCUGGGCUGGGCCCUCCCUCGGUACGACCACGGGCAGCAGGAACUCAUUUUGAGCCCCUGGGACCAUUGCCACCGUGAGACCAUGGGCAGCACGGACUCACUGAGCCCCUGGGGAUCAUUGCC